UCACAGGAGCACUGUCAGAGCUGGUGAGCAGCGGACUUUUGGAUAUUUGAACGCGAUACAUAUCACAAAGAGAAAAUACAUCGUGAAAAGGUUCAAAAGUUCAUCUAGCAUGAACAACAUAAGUGUCUCAUUCCUGACUGGCCCAGAGACUACUCCUGACCCUGAUGAGGAAAAUGCUGUGAAAAAUAACUAUUCCACAGCCAUUGGUGCCCUCAUCUUCAGCUUGGUCUUCCUCCUGGGUGUCCCUGGAAAUCUUUUCGUUGUCUGGAGCAUCCUGGCUCGCUGCCGACAACGCUCAGUCACCACCCUCCUCAUCCUCAACUUGGCAUGUGCUGAUGGGUUCCUCAUGGCUCUCUCCAUCUUUUUCAUCAUCUUCCUGGCGUUGCGGACGUGGGUCUUUGGUAACGCCAUGUGCAAAAUUGUGUUCUACCUGUGCCACUCCAACAUGUAUGCAUCAGUCUUUCUGAUAACCCUGAUGAGCGUGAACAGGCUGUUGGCCGUGGUCUUUCCACACACACUGUAUCGCCUGAUCACCAGGAAGGUUGUGAGGAGGGUGAUCCUAGGCACAUGGGUGCUAGUGAUUGUCAUGUCUAUCCCCUCGUUGGUGUUUCGAGAUGUGAAAGGAGUAACUGAUGAUAUGAAUCAAACAAGAUAUUUGUGUGCACCCAAUCACACACUGCGUAGACACGUGAGGUUUGAGUACGCCUUUCAGACAGUGGCAGGAUUCAUUAUUCCUUAUGCAAUCAUUAUAACCAGCUACGUUCUCAUCCUGAAACGCCUGAGGGAGACCAGGUUUCAACGAAAUUUCCGCAGCGAGAAACUUAUCCUGGCUAUCGUCAUCAUGUUUGGCCUGUUCUGGUUGCCGUACCACGUCGUCAACAUGAUACGGGUGUCAGCUGCGUGGUACCCAAAGGACUCAGAAACAAGAAAACGAUUGCAUGAUAUCGCCGAGUCAACCCGAGCGGUGGCCGCAGCUUUGGCCUUCAUCAGCAGCUGUGCUAACCCCGUCCUCUACACCUUUGCUGGGAAAUCCUACAUCAAGAAUAAUGGCUUUGCCUUUAUGGCUAAGCUGUUUGAGGGAACAUCAUCGGAAACAGAAACCAAAACCACGCGGUUCACAGCAAAAGACGAUCUGGGAAAGAAUAACGUUGAUUCCGAAAAUAAUACACUGGCUUCUACUCUGCAAAAUCGAUGUUGAAUGAACUUAAUGCACUUAACAGACUGUAUAUAAAUGAGAACACUUAAAAUUGU